GUACUGGUCAUCGAUGUCCAGUAUGAGUUCACCAAGUUCGCCAAUUUCACCUCCACGAGCGGCUUACAUACCAAGCAACCACACCGGUAGAGCCCAUGAUGAAGAAGCUGGGAGCGAAUCCGUACGCCAUCAAGAUCAUUACCAACCCUCAUCGUCUACUCAUCAACUCAAAACAAACGCGAGCUCUCCCAUGUCCUUGCAAUCCCGCAUAUCAAUCUUUCUCAACCAACAAGUUGUUACACUAGACGUACCAGGACACAAAACCACCAUUCAACUCCCGUGGUUCCAGCGCUUUGUUAACGCAAGAGACCAAGCUGAUAUUGAGCUUCCAUUAGUUGAACAUCGCCCACACCCCGCAGAGUCCGCACCAGGACUUGCCGAGCUGCGACAGACCCCUACUGGAACCUCUGACCACCCAGCCAGGACAAAAGAGUCACCAGAGAGUACCCCUAUAGCGGUGCCUUCUUCAGUCAUUGAAGGACUUGCCGGUGUCAAGAAAAGAGCCGGUCAAUUGAACAUUACGAGGAAGGUACCCAGUCCGCCACACCCAGUCGUCCAACGUAGGAAUGAAAUAAAUGAAGUUCUUGAGCCACUUUUCUCCAACGCCCCGUUCAUUCUGAUAUGCGAGGGAAAUGAACAGGAUGCCUUAAUCUCUCCGGUCAGACUACCAGAUGCAUUGGAUUCAGUCAGCUUGUGGGCUACUCUGUCUGGAGUUGCGCGGCAGCGUGCUUGGCGAUGGAAACGAUUGCUGGGCCCCGAGAGACUUGAGCUAGUCAAUCUGAGAAUCAUCGGCCGGCACGCUCGUACACUGGGUGCAUUCCGGGGACAGUUCCAGAUCGUCAACAUUGCCAAGAGAAUCGAGGAGCUCCAACAGAUAAUCAGCAAAUAUGAGUAUUAUAUGAAUGAACCAUCGAAUCCCGACGCGAGCGAGUAUUGUUGCUACCAUGACCUAGAAUUGGACAUGGUCAUGCACGGCUACGAGGUGUGCUACUGGGCAAGGGGGGAUGACUACACAGUACCCAAACACAGCUGUUGCGAUGUUCAAACGCAUGUGGACAGGUUGACAGAGCUUUCAAAGCUCAAGAUGGCCUCAGCCUGGCACAUGAUCCUGGCCUAUCCAGAGCUAGCCGCGGGAAAUGAUGUGCUUUACGAUAAAUGGAUCUAUUCCUCCAAAGACAUCAUACCACCUAUGAAAUCUGCCCUGUUUCGGGCAGUGGCAGAUAUUGAGUUCAUCGGCUUCCGCAUCGUGGAAUGGCCCUACAUCAGCUUUAGCACACCAUCUAUGACUAUUACGGUAGGGAGCACAGUGGUUUUUGGCCUAUUUGUCAUCGUUUCCCAAGCCAUAUAUCGUGACUGGGGAGUUGCUUAUACGGCAGGUGCCUUUUUUGUGGCCUUGGCUGGAGUGUUGACUACCUGGAUUGCUUGGACAUCGACAGGGUGAUACCAUCUUUACUACCGCCUCAAUCCCGAAGUCGUCUAUGUCUAUUGUCUCCAAUGCUACGGAGGGCAUAUGAUAGGAGGUGGUUCGUGUGUUAAUGUGGGUUCAAUGUCGGUCAUGUCUCUUGAGUUAGGGAGACACAAAUCGAGAAGGGCACACUAAAA